UGUCAGUGGAGGUGCUUAGCGAGUGCAAAAAAUAAAAUGAAUUGGUUUAUAAACAAGAUAUUAUUUGCAUAGGUGGGCUCUAAAUUAAGUAAAAAUGGGUGAAAUUAAUAAACCUUCGCUACGUAUAGACUGGUUUGAUGGGACGUUAAUUGAAGAUACUCGACCGAAUACCGACAUUAAUCCGUUCGCGGAUGAAGAACUACAACCGGACCCUCAACCAACUCAAAGACCACAAACUACAGAAAAGAAGCCAAUAGGCUUCAAAAGAUUACAAGAUAUAUCGACAAUGAAACCUCCUGCGUUAACUUUAGAAGUGUCACAUAGGCCAGGAUUUUGGAAUCUCCUAGACAUUGAAUUGAAAGGAGAUUUUAUUGUUUUGAUUGUGAAAGUGUUAGCAAAUAUUUAUAAAUCACUUGAACCCAACGAGCAGUCAAGAAUAGCAUCCCAAUUGAAAACGAGACUUGAAAAAUCUAUUUUCAUAAAUUCAUUGAAGGAGUAUGUAGCUGGAUUACCAGCUGUUAGGCUUUCAGAAAAAAAAAGUAAUUUUCAAUUAUGGAAUGAUGUCGAAUUGUUUUUUAGUGACUUGAUUGCGCUUUGUGAAGGUAUAGUUAAUUUUGGCAGUCAUAGUAUAGAUUUUAUGAAAGAAAUUUAUGAAUUGUUAGAAAUAUCAGAUACUAGUGCUGUAGGUGUGAUAGAGAAGCAUAAGGAGACAAUAAGUAGUGACAUUUUUAGUAGAAUUGAUGAAGCUAAAUUGACUCUGUCAAAAAUAAUCAGUGAGAAUUCCAUUGAACUAAUGUCAACAAAAGGCAAAGAGAUGGCUUCUGACCCAAACAGUUUUAAAAAUCUUCAUAUUUUUCCCAAAAGAGAUGAUUUAUUUGGGGAAGCACUUUUAAACAUUCAACCUAACAUUAUCAAUGGAGCAUACCCUAGCGUAGAACAUUACCUGGACUUACAGUUCAAGUUGCUAAGAGAAGAUUGCUUCGGACCCUUGAGAGAAGGAAUAAAUAAAUAUAUGCAAAAUCCAUCAAAGAGAAGGCAUGAGAACAUCAGAGUGUACCCAAAAGUGCGGAUUUUGCGUACUUUCGUUAGCAACAACAAAGUCGGUCAUUUGAUCAACAUUGCAUGGGCCGAGAGACACAAUCAUGGUACAGUUGACAGCAAAAAGUUUGCACACAGCAAGCAAUUGAUGUUCGGCUCGCUACUUUUGUUUACGAGCGACAAUUUCGAGACUAUUUUGUGCGCAACUGUACUAGAUUCGAGUGUGAACUUGCUUGCAGAAGGAUAUGUAGCUGUGUCUUUUCAAAGCCCUGUAUCUGAAACUGUAUCCACACAGCCGUAUCUGAUGGUGGAAAGUGAGGUGUUCUUUGAACCGUACCAUAGAGUUUUGAAGGUCCUGCAGAAGUUUUCGAGGUUUGAUGACUUUCCAAUGAAAAGAUAUAUUGUUGAUGUUCAGCCAGAAACCCGACCACCAUCAUAUUUAACAACAGAAACAAUCUACACAGUAGACGAUGCGAAUAAACCGGGAGAAAUAUGCUUCCCUGUAUUAGACCAGGAUCAAUGGCCACCUGCCAAUGAUCUAGGUCUUGAUAGCUCCCAAAUGGAAGCCUACAGAUUCGCCCUAACAAGGGAAUUCGCAGUAAUCCAAGGCCAACCUGGCACCGGCAAAACGUUUAUUGGAGUGAAAAUCGCGUCAACACUCCUCAAAAAUUUGUCCCUAGAAGGAACGCCCAUGUUGAUAAUAUGCUACACGAAUCACGCCCUUGAUCAAUUCCUUGAGGGUAUUUUGGGAGUGACAAAAAAUAUUGUUAGACUCGGGAGUCAGAGUAAAAGUAAAGUUCUGGAACCGUUUACUUUGAAUAAUUUGAGGACGAAAGUCAAAUCGAAAUACUCUUACUUAUACGCCGGCAAAAGAUCUGAAUUGGAGCGGAUAUUCAAAGAAAUGACCGAGUUACAGAGCGAGAUAGAAAAAUGCGAGAAAGAGAUACUGUCAUACAAAACUAUUAAAAACUAUCUCAAAAUUGGUGAUCGAUCCUAUGAACUCAAGAGUAGUUCAAAAGAUGAUCCUGUAUUGAAAUGGUUGUUUGAUGAAACUGAAGAAGAAGAGGAGGAAUUGGAAGAGUGGGAGAGACUAGAUGAACUAACAACAGAUGAUAAUAUUGAUACUUGUUUUUCUGAGAAGUGGGCUUUGAAAGAAAUAGAUUCGAUGAAGAACAGUCUGAGAUACGUGAAGGAUGUGACUGACGACCAGUUGGUGCUUGAAAAUAUGAUGGAUAAACUAGAAGAACAAAUAGACAAGGUUAAGAGGCGGUUGGCGUGUUUCAGAAAAAAUAUUUCAUUUAUACCGGACACACGCCUUGAAAUAUCUGAAGUGGACAAUUUAUACAAACUGACUACAGAACAAAGAUGGAGGAUUUACUUUGACGCCGUAGCACCGAUCAAGAACAAAUUACUGACAAAAAUGGAUGAAUUGUUGGCCCAACACAAUACUUGCAACGAGGAACUGAACGAAGUAGCCACACUGAUUGAUGGCGAUGUGAUGAAGACGACGAGAGUGGUGGGGGUGACCACCUCCACUGCGGCCAGGAGACACGACCUCAUGAAGAAGCUGCUGUCUCCGAUCGUGUUUGUAGAAGAAGCGGCGGAAGUGUUGGAAGCUCACAUCGUGGCUUCGUUGACGUAUCAUUGUCAACAUCUCAUACUUAUUGGUGACCACAAACAACUAAGACCAUCAGCGGCUCACUACAAGCUGGCAAGAGAUUACAACUUGGAAAUAUCAUUAUUCGAACGUAUGAUACGCAACGGUAUACACGCCAGAACGUUGACCACGCAACGUAGAAUGCGACCAAAUUACGUUGAACUGCUCGUACCUGCGAUUUAUGAGAAGUUGGAUAGCCAUCCGAAAGUGUACGGUUAUCCCAGUGUGAGAGGGAUGAGGGAUAACUUGUAUUUUGUCACACAUGAUGUGUUUGAAGAUUCCGAGGGUCUCGAAGACAGUUGGAGCCACAAACACACGUUAGAAGCAAAAUGGUGCGUCGCGUUAGCUAACUAUUUGCGAGAGAUGAAGUACAAAAGCGAAGAAAUCACUAUUCUAUCUACUUAUACCGGUCAAGUUUCCCUUAUUAAAGAGAUGAGCAAAAACCACAAAUUACUAAACAACGUGAAAGUCACUCCGGUGGACAACUACCAAGGCGAAGAGAAUAGGAUAGUGAUACUGUCCCUAGUGAGGAGCAACAGAGACGGAAAGAUUGGAUUCUUAGCGGCCGCUAACAGAAUUUGUGUGGCCUUGUCUCGAGCUAAAGAAGGUUUCUACAUAUUUGGCAACAUGAACGUGUUAAAAUCGGCUAGUCAUAUAUGGCGAGCUAUCAACGAAAAUUUGCUGGAACAAAACGCUAUUGGUGAUAAGUUGGUCGUCCGCUGUGAUACUCAUAAGGAGAAUGUUCUGGAAAUAACCAAGCCAGAUGAAUUGCAGGACUGUCUAACAAGGUCGUGCCUGAGGAUUUGUAAUCAAACAUAAUGUUCAACAUACCAUAUAUUUGUGUCAGUUUUACAAGUCUAACUUUCUUUGUUAAAAAUAAAAUGGUG